AUUCUCCAGAAUGUCCACUUGACAGAGAGCCUCUUUCACGUGACAAGGUAACGAUAACGCACAACUUCUUACUUGUGGGUCACGCAAACUAGCGAUUCCACGUUCUGCUCUCAGGGAACAGAUCUUUUGGCAUUUUAACGCACAACUCGAAACGCAGUUUCCUUCAAAUGGAUGGCCCCUAUUGCAAAAUGAAGUCAAAACAAAACAUGUCAGGCAUAAGGGUAGAAAACAUCCUUGCUCUUUCGUUUAACCCUUGCUCUUUCGUUGCUUAGGGUUUCGCUAACCCUAAGCAACGCAGAAAUUUGUUUUAAUUGACAUAGGAUCUUCACUCUUCGACGUUCAUGUUCAGGUAAAUGUUUGUGUUUUUAUAAAAUAAGCCAGAUUCUUCGAGGGCAAAGCCACUGAAAAUUAAAGUUUAUUUUGAAGCAACAGUCUGCAUUUUCUAUUGGUUUACCAGCUUAACAACUUGGGAUGUUGAAAGAACACGAGGAAAGUUUGUAAAUCGCAAGCUGGUGGAGGCAAGUGAUUGACAAACGUUUCUCGGAUUCUCCCAACAUCAUGGGUGGGUUAUUACGCCGGUAAGUCGAUAGAAAGUGCGUUCCAUCGCUUAAUUAUCUUCUACUCACCAAUGCCUGUGAUUGAUCACGGUUCAUUGGGAGAUAUGCUGGAAAAGGAGAAUUGUCUUUAAUUAUUACAAGUAGAGUACAAAACAUAUCCUUGUGUCUGGGUUAUCAGAUAUUUCCAGAUGUCGCUUGUCAUCGCAGAAUCCUGGAUCUGUCCUUGGACUGGAGAACUCCGAGCUGUGCAGGUAAUGUAUCUACGUCAUAUUCACCGUAAAGGCGUUCUCUAUCACUUCAUUCACAGUUGAUCCCAAAAAUUAAAAAUCUCAAACAUUUCAAUUUGGACUGAACAGCGGUGUUAUUCUGGUAUUUGCAAUCUGAGGUGUCAUGGUCAGCAGUUUGCGCGCAACAUGACAGAUUUUCUUCCUGUCUGAUGAUCUUUGAUAGGUGCCUAUUAUACUAAACGUUUAUUAAAUAUUUAUCUCUAGUCUUAGGGAUAUCAUUAUUAUCAACAAGUCACACGUAAAUUUCACAUUUCUUUUCGUAGAUCCUAAACCGUCAGUUAACCGAUUGUUUCGCUGUCAAUCAAGUCUCUCUUUUCUUUAGCCUGUUGUAUGUCUUAGCAGAUUGGAUCAUGAUUACAUUACAGUUUAUUAUCGUUAAAUAAUGAUUUCAGAAACAUCAGUCAGAAUGCCUGUUCAAUGCGGUGGAGUGUCCAAAUGAAGGAUGUAAAGAGAAGCUCACCAUGCGAGAUAUGAACAAUCACAUGACAACGGAAUGUGUCUGGAGGGAAGUUAGUUGUGAAUAUUGUCGAGGAUCAUUUAUCGUGAAAAACAAGCAGGUUUGUUAACAAAAAUGUGUUUCUUAUAUAGCUUCUACAAGGGUAGCAUCUUAAAGUGGUGACGAAUUUCAAUCUUUAUUGAGUCAAGAUUUUCUUAAGCUCUAGGUAUCUUCUCUCAUUUGAUAUAAAAUUGUUACACGGAAACAUCUUACUUAAAUUGGGCUUAAAUGUUGCGUUCGAAAACUUUGAUCCCUUACUGAUAAAAAAGUGGGUAUUUUACUUCAUAAAUUUCGUUAGUACAACAACCUGUCUUUAUUGGUCAUAAUUUUAAUAAGACGGAGAGAAUUUUGAAAGUACAUUAGCUAUAAAAAGUUCUUUUCGAUUUUUCUUCAGCAACAUCAUAACGUCUGUCAAAUGUUUCCGGUUCAAUGUGCCAACAAUUGUGGUCUGAGUAAUAUUCCACGAGAAAAGGUAACAUUUAAUAUUGUUAGUGAUUCUCAGUAAUUCUAACGAGAGUUUAAUUGAAUGUUCAUGCACAUAGCCCUCAUGGGACAUAUUGCUGCUCUAUCUGAAACGCCUCAGGCUAAGUCUUGUUUUAUGUGAGCAAUUUGGAGACGUUCCGUGCUCAAGUGGUCAAAGAACAUGCACUAUUGUUUUGAAUAUAUUCCUGGCUUCAGUCAGAGGACAUGAAGGUCGUCAUUUUCUGCCUUAAAUGGGCCUUCCAGAAUUGAAUCUAGGUAGCUCCAUGAUAGGGAAACAAUCCAUAACACCGUAACCAUCCCUUCAAGGAAGUUUGCUCCGUUAAACUUUGCAGGGGAAAUGCCUUACACUACUAAGGAACAUCUUUUAAAUUUUGUCUCUGAAUUCAGUUUCCUGAUUCAUACAUUACGAAAUCUAAGGAGUAAUUUUGAGACACCGAAUGAUUUGUUUUCGCUAUGCACGAGAGAGGAUUCCUGUGGCUGCUCACAUAAGACUAAAUCUUCUCUAUCUUUUUGUUUUAGCUCUUGGCUCAUAUUCGUGAUGACUGUCCUUUAACAGAAAUUGAUUGUAAAUACAAGAACUUAGGAUGCCAAAAUGCGGUAUGAAACAGCUUUCAGUUUAUAUUAAAUUGCAGGUUUGGCGGGGAGGUCGUAUGUUUGUAUUGUAUUUCCAUAUCAUGUUGUAAAAUGAAUUAAAACGGAAUGUCAAAUAUGUAAAAAUUUUCCAUUUUGUAGGGUUUAAAAAAUUCCUAAUAACCUGUGCGGCAGUUGAAUCAAACUGUUUAUUGCUGGAAGGAACAAGUAGAUCAAUAAUUAACAAAAAUUUAAUGUUUGGAUUGUAUUAAAAGAGUUUAAUGACAACAUCGUCUUUUUUUCAGUUUCCAAGAAAAAGAACGAAAUCUCACUUAGAAUCACACAUGGAAAGCCACUUGAACCUAGCUCUGUGCAGCCUUGAGAUCACUCAGAAUCAGGUUAAAGAUCAGUCAAAGCAGAUUGAGCAAUUGACAUCCAAAUUCAAGGAUCAGUCUCAGCAGUUGAAUGAUCAGUCACAGCAGAUAGAAAGAUUGGUGGCCAAAAAUACAGAACAGUCACAGCAGAUAGCCAUCUUAACGUCCACUGGUGCAGCAGGUAGAACCUCUGACAAGGUAGAACCUCUGACAAGCCAGCCUCGAUAUCAAGCCGCAAUGGUGGACCAAACCGCGACCAAGCAAACGAAGGACCAGACAAACAAGAUAGGGGCAACCAAUGCCAAUGUUAAAGAGGGUAAGUUUCUAUAGAAACUGUGGCGUUGCGUCGAUGGGGGGUAUAAUAAGAUAUCUUGGUCAGUUUUAUCAGCUGAGUUGAUGACAGAAUUUCUAAAGCUGACGUUUCGACCGGUAACCCUCCGUCAGAGUGAAUAGAGAAAUGGUUGCGUGCGUUUUAUAGGUAGAUAAAAUGGAAGUCUCACCGAUAAUCACACUCUCACUCGUAUCUAAAACAUUAUUACUCGCAAAGUAAAGCACGUAGGAAGCGGCUAAAGCACGAAAGAAGUGUAGAGAGACACACGAGACGCAGUCGAGCCGCUUCCCACGUGCCUUACGAUAGAACGGAGAGGAGUCAAGGCUUCUCUAUUUGUUUUAUGAUAAAGAAUCCGCUAAAUUCCCCACUCAUUGCUUUCUAUUUUUUGAAACAAAUUUUCUUUCCAAAGCGAACAACAGUGUCGUCAGCAUGCUCUAUACUCUCUUAAAGGAAGCUACAAUAAGCCGAUCAGAAUCCUUGAUAGAAUGGUUCAAUUAAUCUGAUUGGUUGAACAAGACUAAAGCUGUCAAAAAUGUCAAACCAUUAAAGUUCACAAACCAUGAAAGUUUACAAUCUUGAGUAGUUUACAAACUGAAAUAGUUCGGCAAGUCGAAUCCUACACUGUUGCCUAAAGUAAUUUAGUCUCUAAUACAGAAUCUGAAAGUGAAAUGUUCGGUGAAAUCCGGCCGAAUUGUGGCUCAUAAAAACACGCGAUUUUUUUUCCAUGAUAGAUAGAAAACAUACUGCUCAAGGCGUAUGUUUUAUGAAUGAGCAACAACCGAAUUCACAGAAAUAUAAAGAUUGAUCGGGAUGACGGCGUCGUAAAACUUGGCUGCUUUGAGUGAUGUAGCCUUCCAAUGAACGCAUCGGAAAGGAUACCAGAGCAAGCUCUUAUUUUUUCACUGGAAGGGCGGCCGAUAUAAUUUCUGAGGCUUGCUUCACCGCGAUGACCGAAGAUCGCCAUUAUGAGCCAUCGUGUUGGACCUCAGCAUAAUUGCAGUCGCUCUGACACCGUCACAAUUGAUGAAUUUUAACAGUUAUGCCAGUUUGGCUAUAUUUUUUAUCAUUCCCGUGUUGUUCUGUUUUGUUUUUGAACACGAAAUUAUAUGUACUACACGAGUGUCAGCUGUGUUUUGAUUUUUAUUACCGUAUGUAAGCUUGCAAUCUAACUGAGUGUGAAAACCUUCAAAACUCGGAAUGUCAAUUUCUUUCUCUUUGAGGAUUUUCGUCUCUGCUUACGUUAUAAUUACGCCAAUUACGGCGCUUGACAUGCAGCAAACCUUUGUUUAGUCCUUCUAUUUGCCGACUCACUUGUUCCGCCGGAUUCAAUCGCUCUGACGAAGGACUCGAAACGUCAGCCUUUUUACUGCUUAGGAUGGCCAAUUUUCGUUUUCAACUCAGUUAUUAACACAAAAUUACCUGUUAUAAAUACCCCUGCCGCGGCACCAUAGUUUCUUUAGAAACUUACCCCUUUAUUCAUUUCUCUUGCUCUAUGCUCUACACUCUGGUAGAGCACGCUGUUUCAACCAAUGACAACGCGCGUUAUACCCGGACUUUAUUAAAAUAUUUGGUAAGAUUAUUUUUUUGAGGGGCGGAAAGGGGUACUGGUGUGUAUGUACAUUACGAAGAGCUGAGUCAUUUGAACUCCGAGUAAAACUACUGGGUUAUGCCGGCCUUUAUGACCUUAAAUGAAGUCUAAUUGAUGAUCGUGAUGUAUUUAGUAUUGUGGUCAUUUUAAUUGUCUAUUGUUUUUGUUAUUUAUUACAGGUGAUACUAUGAAACAGGGCUUCAAGCCUAAAUCAAUCCAUUAUAUUGAAGUAGGUAUGAAGGUAUUGUUUUAUCAAAGGUUUAGCAAACUUCGAGGAACAGUCAAGUACGUCGGACCUGUACUUGUACACGAACGUGUACUUCAUUUCAUCGGCGUAGAAUUAGAUCCGUGUGAAGGUGAAUAUCGAUCUAUGAACAUUGAAAUGUACUGAUAAAAUUAAGAGAAAGUUAUUGCUCCUAGUAAAAGUGAGUAAGUUCGUGAACUUGAGACUUUAAAAAGACUGUAUCAAGUACCUUUGGUUCAGAAGAGCUAUUUUAUACGCUUUGGUCUAGGGAGCUGUCUUAAAGCACUAACAUUGAUAGGCAUCAUGAAAUUGUAUUCUGAAGGCAAUAAAACAAGAGUAAUCAUGGAGGUUUAAUACCGAGAUAACCCGCCCCAAGAUCGAAACGUAGUCCUUUCAUGAUGAGGGUUUGUGGAAAAAGGUUCUCCCCUCAUUCAUAGUAAAACUAAACCUGCAUUUAGAUUAAAACAACUUGUUAGUGUGUUUUUUAGUAGUAAAACAGAGUCGCCUUUUUAUAAUGAUUUUCUCUUACCUUAGAUAACUGAAAGUUUUUUUUUUCUUCUUUCAGAAGUACCGAGUUGUUUAAGUCACCGUGAGAGCAACGGAACGUAUGAGGGAAAAAGAUACUUUAGCUGGUGG